AUGGCGGAUUUUCCAGCCCUUCCGUCUCCCGCUUCUGAAGGAGUGAUUUCUCUACCCAUCGAGGCCUUGCUUGACGCGCUGGAUGGACCACCCCAGCAAGGCCCAAGAGAUUUGGCGGAGCUCAAGCCACUCUUGCUGACCAUCGACGUCCGCUCCCCCGCAGAGUUCGAAGCUGGCCAUAUCCCAGGAGCCGUAAAUGUUCCUCUCUUCGACGACGAAGCCCGGGCCCUUGUGGGGACAGACUUCAAGCGCAAAGGUCGCUACGAGGCGGAGUCCACAGGGGGUGUAUGA